AUCUUGAUUUCUCUCUCCAUACUUGCCGCUGUCGGAAUUGCAGUAUAUGAGAAUCCCCAAGUUAAGGAAUGGAUAGAAGACCAACGACGCAAGAUAGCCGAGUUUCUCGGCACCUUUGGAGACCAGCUCGACCCGCAAUCACGACGAGAGGCAGAAGCAUUUGCCUACGAGGGACGUUUACCUACCCAAAAUCGCGAAGAAGCUGCAGGAACAGCGAAUGCUCUCGCUAGGGCUACUGGAAGAGAGACGACGGACGACUCGAUCAGCAGACGAAACAGGACAAGCCAUACGCCGCAGAGUCCUGAUGAAGCCGAGGAGAGAAGACGGCUGGGCAGAGAGUAUCUGGCCAAACGAAACCAAGAAAUGCUGGACCUGAAGGAGAAGCAGAAGAUGAGGAGGAGCACGUCGUGGCUGUCGGAAAAAGCACCCCCUUCACCGACAUUCGAUCAGCUCGUAAAUGUCGACGGGUCUUUGAAGUCAGACGAGAAGAACACACAAGAGGAUGAAGAGUUCAACGAGAAGACCUUGGAGCUCCCCUCGGUGCCAACGGAUGAGCCAAAGUCUCUCCGAAGCAUACCUAUUCAAGAGACCGCUUCAGCCUUCAGUGCUGGCUCCCGCUACGCAAAUCCCUUCGGUGACGAGUUCGAACUCUCGGGUACACUAGAUUCGCGCUCACCGACACCAAAGCCUCCCGUACCCCCCAAGAUUGCCAUCGAAAAUACCAGCAUACUUCGUAGACUGUCCGUCGCACAGAAAGAGCCCUCGGUCAGGGAAACUCCGGUCUUCGAUGGAGGAGAAGACAUAUCUGCCGAUCUCAGCUACGAAGAACAACUGGUCCGCGCCAUGUCAAUCAGUCUGGCUGAGAGUGAAGAGGCUGCCCGCAAAGCUCGCGCUUUGGAGCAAGAGCAACGCGACAUGGACUUUGCUGAUGCUGUCGCUGCCAGUCUGGUCGAUUACGAGAAGAUGAGACUAAAGGAGAUGCGAGAGGAGAAGCAGAACGACGAGCUCAUCAACCUCACACCCGACCCUCCCGUCUCCGUACCCACUUAUGAGUACACUGACGAGGAACUCUACACCGUCUCACCAAGGCCCCGUGCUAUCGUCCCAGUAACAAUUCCCGGACCUAUCGUCAUCCCAGCUUACGACCCUGUCCACGAAGCCGCCGCCGUCUCUUCUCCCCAACAACAACCACAACCACAAACACCACUUCCCGCGCACACACCCACUACCGCCACCUUCUCAUCUCCCGACAUCGACGACUUUGCCUCUGCUCCUGGCAGCGUGGCAGCCAGUGAGAUGAGUCUCAUCGACUUUGGUGAGGUGGAAAGCGUGGACAGUGGUGAUGAGAGCGAGCCAGACGGUGUCUUGACACCAGGCAGCUGGACUGAUGUAGGCAGUGAUGUUGGAAGCGAGGACCACGAGCACCAUAGGCUUGCC